AUGGUCACCAUAAACACUGCAGCAAAGUCUACCAUAACAGCACUGGUAUUAAGUGCCAUUGCGCUGGUUUCUCUGCUUGGAAAUAGUCUUCUUAUACUCGUUUUCUUCAGAUCAAAGGCUGUAAAGAAGGCAACGAACGUGUUCAUAAUCAAUAUGGCUGCUUCCGAUCUCUUUUUUCCUGUUUUUCUAAUUCCGCGUCAAAUUAUCGCGGCCAUUACAAGAUCGCCACCAGAAUUAUUCCUCAUCCGUGGAGCCAUGGGUUCCUUUCUUUGCAAGAUCUCCACCUUCCUCACUGACGUGUCCAUUACAGUGUCAAUGCAUUCCUUGGUCAUGAUUACCAUGGAACGGUUUCUUGCUAUCGUUUUUCCAUUCAGAAUUCGUCAACUCUCUUCUAAAACACGUCUCUACGCCAUUUUGAUGGUGUGGAUCAUAGCGUUGGGGAUUCACACGCCAUACUUCUACAUAUAUAGAUUGACGAGUUCAGGAAAAUGCGAUUACAACUGGGAACCAGCAUUCAACCACAAAAUUACGCACACCCGCUAUUACACCGCCUUGUUUGUGCUGAUUGUCAUUUUGCCCUUCACUUUGAUUACCAUCCUUUAUUCCGUGAUGGUUUGUUGCCUCUUCCUGAACAAGCACAAGCUUGUAAUACAUCGCUCCAGUGAGAAUGCUCCUAGAAGAAGAAGCGGAGCAAAAGAACUCAGAAUGUUAAAGAUAGCAGCGACUAUUGUCAUUGCCUUUGCAGUAUGCUGGGGUCCUUUCAACAUCAUACAGUUCUUUCACCUGUUUGCCCCAUGGAAACUUAAAGAACUUAAUUGCAACAUCAGUCAUGUGUUGAUUCAAAUUGCCUUUAUUUUGGCGACUGCCAACUGCACGGUUAAUCCAAUCGUUUGCCUCGUCUAUUUAAGGAACUACCGUUUAAAAGAGAGUUUGGCAAGUUUACGGUCACAAUUCAGCAACAUUUCUAAAGGGAGUCAACGAGAAACUGAAUUGUAA